AUGUCUUCAUCCAAUGGAAAAGGUCCUGCCUUGCAGCAGCAGCAGCAGCAACAGCAGCAGCAGCAGCAGCAGCAGCACCAACAACAGCAGCAUGAGCAGCAGCAGCAGCUGCAGCAACGGCAACGCGAAGAACAACGACAACCAGUACAACAGAACCAUCAGCAGCAGCAGCAACAGCAGCAGCAGCAGCAGCAGCAGCAGCAACAGAAGCAGCAGCAAGACAGGCAAGGAAGAGGGAGACGAGGUCAGGCUGUCUCGCUGCCUGCUGCAGCAAUUCUAUCCUUCAGCCGCUACCGCCCCAAGCCGCAGCAGCAGCAGCAGCUUCCACCACGACCUCCGCAGCAGCAGAAACGAAGUGCAGCAGCAGCAGCAGCAGCAGCAGCAGCAGACAACGAACCUCAUGGCUUCUUGCUGGCAAAGUGUCGCGUCCUUGUGGGCCUGCAGCAGCAGCAGCAGCAGCAGCAGCAGCAGCAGCAGCAAGAGGAACACCCACUACCGCAGCUGCAAUACAUUAGAAAGCAUCGCUCUGAUGCUCUAGCUAUAUGCGGAACCUGCGCCUGCCGAAUGCUGAGUGUUGGGGGCCCUUCGCGAUGUCCGCUCUGUCAUCAACUGUUCGCCCCUAUUGUUGAGGGAAGCCGCUCUACCUUUUGUCUCGUUACUAGGCCUUCAAAAAGCCCUUAUAUAUAUUUAAGUGCUUCUUUUAUUGCUGCUGCUGCUGCUGCAGCAGCAGCAGCAGCUGCUGCUGCUGCUGCUGAGUCGCCUGGGGCGCUGGAGCAGGCUAAGGCGCUUGUUGCUGCUGUCGAGAAUGCUGCUGCUGCUGCUGCACUGCAGCAGCAGCAGCAGGAACAGCAGCAGCAGCAAAUCAACCUUCCUCCCCCAGAGUCCUCGUUUCAUGCAUUUUUUAACUCCGUCGCCUAUGUUGAGGAGCCCCAUCGAAUUUGGAUGGACCACCUCAGAACCCUCGAGGGGCGGAUGCUAAGUUGCCUUGAAGGACCUGAUGAAGACCCGGAGGCGGCGAGAGAGCUGCAAGAAGCCCUGCAUUUUGCAGGGGCUCUCGCAGACCGUGCGGCAGCAGCCAAAAGCAGCAGCAGCAGCAGCAGCAGCAGCAGCAGCAGCAGCCAAGCGGUGCAGCCUCUUAAGCCGUUGCAUGAGCGCAUGCAGGUCUUCACGAGGCUGCUGCAACUGCUGCAUGAACAGAGACUUAAGGGGUGCUGCUCCAAGCAGCAGCAGCAGCAGCAGCAGCAGCAGCAGCAGCUAGCGCUAGAAGGAGUAUCGGAGAGCAGCAGCAGCAGCAGCAGCAACAGCAGCAGCAAUGGUUUCUACUUUUAUCAGGCAGCAGACGGGCAGCCAAUAUUUCUUCACCCUUUCUGUUUUCAGCUGCUGCUGCACGAAGCAGGAGGGGACCCUUCUUUGCUGCCUCCCGUAUUAUAUGAUGUUAAGGUUGUCUCGCUGGAGUCAGUGCAGCAGCAGCAGCAGCAGCAGCAGCAGCGGCGGCGGCCGCAGCAGCAGCAGCAGCAGCAGCAGCAGCAGCAGCAAAGGCAGCAACGGCCCCUCAGGCUGUUAGAACAUCUCCCUCUAAACACUUCAGCCAGCCUUGCUGAAGUCGCCUUAGAUGGUUGGGUAUCUCCGGCGACGCUGCAGCAUUUUGAGGCUGGGCUGCGGCAGAGGGAGCAGCAGCGCAGGCAGCAGCGGCAGCGGCAGCUGCAGCAGGAAGCAGCAGCAGCACGGAGAGCAGCAGCAGCAGAAGCUGCUGCUGCUGCACUCAAUGCGCCUGCAGCAACAGCAGCAGUGCAGCAGCCGCCAGACGACCCCUCAGCCUUUCCCUCUCUGUCAGCGCCUACAGCAGCAGCAGCAGCAGACGCUGCUGCAGCAGCACCAGCAGCACCAGCAGCACCAGCAGCACCAGCAGCAGCAACAGCAGCAGCAGCAACAGCAGCAGGAAGGUCUUUUGCUGGUGUUGUUGCUUUUUCGCCUGACUUCAGAGAGGCUACGCCGGAGCAGCGGCAGCUGCACUUCCCUUCUCUUGCUGCUGCUGCUGCUGCUGCAGCAAACCCUAAACCCUCUAAGGCCAAACCAACUCGCGGCAGCAGCAGCAACAGCAGCAGCAACAGCAGCAGCAACGGCAGCAGCAACGCCUCUAGAACAAAUAGGAGGGGAUUUGCUGCUAACAAGCCAUCACCCCUCAGCCAUUUUUAUGGAGCUGCCUAUACACCUAAAAACUCAGAGCUGCCUAUACACCUCAAGUCAGAGCUGAAUGUAAACCUCAAGACAGAGCUGCCUGUACACCUCAAGUCAGAGCUGCCUGUACACCUCAAGACAGAGCUGCCUGUACACCUCAAGUCAGAGCUGCCUAUACGCCUCAAGUCAGAGCUGCCUAUACACCUCAAGGUUUACUUCUUGGAAGUCUUUGAGGUCAACGAUGCCGUCUUUAUUUCUGUCGAUUUCUUUGAAAAGUUUGCGGCAGUCGCUCUCUGUUGCGCAUAUGCUUCUUGCCUCAUAGAGCGCCUCCACGAACUCUCCGAAGUCAAUUAA